AUGGGAGUAUUGCCAUCACGAUUACACACAAUCCUUAUUACGAUUUAUGUUCUCAGUCAAAUCGCUUAUUGCACUCUACUCAGCUAUUCUGUCAAUGAGAAAGCGGCGCUAGUUGCAGAGCUUCGUGGCAGGUCAGGAACCCUGGCUGUGCUGAAUAUGAUACCCCUCUUUCUGUUCGCAGGGCGCAACAAUGCCCUCAUCUGGCUUCUAGGAGUCAGCUUCGACACAUACAAUACAUUUCACCGAUGGCUUGGUCGAAUGGUUGCGAUCGAAUCAAUUGUACAUACAACCGCAUGGUUCGUCAAUGCAAUCAACGAACAAAGCUUCUCGGAUGCCAUCAAACGAGUCCAAGAUACCCCCUUUUUUGGUUGGGGCACUGUUGGCACGGCCGCAAUGGUUUUACUCAUUACUCACUCUCCCUCUCCAAUACGACACGCAUUUUAUGAAACAUUUCUGCAUUUGCAUCAGUUUGCUGCUCUAUUAGCGGUGGUUGGCGUCUACCUUCAUUUACAUUUAGAUUCUCUCCCUCAGCGUCCGUGGAUAUAUCUGAUCAUCUUCAUCUGGAUAUUUGAAAGGUUCAUGAGAUGGUAUCGCCGUUUUUCGGUCAAUUUCAACCUCAGAGGCGGCGGUAGUACGAGGGUCAUUAUCAAGGCUCUUCCUGGAGAAGCAUGUCGAGUUACGUUCCAUCUUCCGCAUCGCAUCAACGUCAAACCUGGCAGCCAUGUCUAUGCAUUUUUUCCGACCAUAUCCUGGUGGAUGUCACAUCCUUUCUCUGUUGCGUGGGUUGAUCCUAGCACCUGCAUCACACCACCAAGUCACCCAACAGCAGCAUGGAACGAGACGUACAAUCCAUACGACAGGAAGAAUUCAAAUCAGUAUAUCGGUCUCUCAGAUCUGGAAAAGCAAAACUACAUGGUCAACGAACUCCGUCAUGGCAACAAGCAAAAGACAUCCUUGUCGCUUGUCAUCGCCGCACGAACCGGCAUGACACGUAAACUCUACAAUAAAGCCCUCGCAUGCCCCAACAGCACUUUACGCACAUACGGAUUCAUAGAAGGACCCUACAACUCCCACACAUGUCCCAUGGGCAGCUACGGAACCGUGAUUUUAUUCUCCGGCGGCGCAGGAAUAACGCACCACAUGCUACAUGUCCGCGACCUCCUCCUCCGCGCCGAAGACGGCUGCGUAGCCACCCAACGCAUCUAUCUGAUCUGGUCCAUCCGGUCCACCGAGGCCCUGAACUGGGUCAGGGAAUGGAUGGAUGCGAUUCUCCAACUGCCCAAUCGCAGACAAUUACUCGUCAUCAAGCUAUUCAUCUCCAAACCCAAGACUCAGCACGAAAUCAAAUCGCCUAGUGAGACGGUACAAAUGUUCCCCGGACGCUGUCGACCGAGCGUCGUGCUUGAAGAGGCACUUCAAAAAAGGGUGGGCGCGACGGUCGUUUCUGUCUGUGGACCUGGUGCGUUUACGGAUGAAGUACGGGCUGCAACGAGGGAGUGUAUGGAUCGUGGGAUGAGUUUGGAUUUUGUCGAGGAGUCGUUUACUUGGUAA